AACCAGGUCGUGGUGAUAAAGGGCUAACCUAACGAAAACCCUGCCGUACAUUAAGUAUAGAUGCCACUCAAAAACGUGACGUAAUCAUAAUAUAUAAGGACAUAGUUUGUCUGAGAAGAGAACAUUUUGUCGAGGAAACCCGGUUUGUAAGGACUCACCAUGUUGGCGAUAGUACUCGUGUGCUCGUUGGCGGCUGUUAAUGCUGCCAACCCCCCUCCCGAUAUCCGGAAGUACAUGGACGUCAGCUUCGCCACCUACGACCACAGUCCCCUGGAUGGACUCGUCGAAGAGAACGAGUGGGACGCGACCAUCUCUAGAGAAGACCUCGACCACGACACAUGUGUGACGCUUAAAGAGUACUUGGUCGUUCACACUUGCCCAAAGGCCGCUGAUCUGUUCAGGCACUACGACCACAACAACGACUCAUGCCUCAAAGUGGCGGAUAUGUCCGAAGAGUUCCACCUAAUCGAUCACAGCGGUGACAACGUGGUAUCCUUGCAGGAAUGGGAGCAGUACUUCUUCCAAUUGACCAACAAGCUUUUCGCACAUCUAUUCCAAGGACCCGGGGUCGGGAGAUAAACGAGCGUUCUUGUACCAAAGGCGUUAACUCACGAGUCAUUUAUGCCAUUUUAGUGUCAAACGUGUCCACAUUGGAUUCAUCGUUAUUCAUGUCCGUAAUCUAUGGCCAUUACAUUUGUAUGCAAUAUAUUUGUUAUUAAAUUUAAAUAAACUGAUAUGUGCAUUUA